UGCAUAUUUAUAAGCGCCAGGGAUCACAGAUCAAGCACUCUCCAGAAUGACCAGUCAAGACCAACAACGAAUAUUUGAUAAAGCAGCCAGGCAAUUUAACAGCAACAUAAAAGCGUUAGACGAAGACGUCCUUCGUCUUGAAAAAUGGCUAAAAACGCAACCGCACCUCCCGAACUUAUUGGAUCAAAACUGUCUGCGAAAUUUUUUAAUCCUCAACAAAUGCAGCAUCGAAAUCGCGAAGCAGAAAGUCGAUAACUAUUACUCCAUCAGGCCGAAAAUUCCCGAAAUAGCUUACACGAUGAAUCCAAAAUUGCCGUUUCAUAAGGAAUUUAAUAGCGUUGUAUAUCUGGUAAACCACCCCCAACUAACCGACGAUCUGUACAAACUUACGUUUUUCAAAAUAAAGGGAGAGAGUUUACCGGAUUCCUACGAGCCCAUUGAUUUUGUCAAAAAAUUUUCCUCGAUUCAGGAAAUGAGGCUGCGAGAUGACGUAAUGUGUGGGGAUGUUGUGGUGGCAGAUUUCCGCGGGUUGCCUCUAAAUAUUGCCCUUAAAAUUACACCGAUGCUAGUUUAUAAAAGCGUUAUACUCUAUGAGCGAACUGUCUCUGCUCGUCUCAAAGCCGUCCACGCAGUCAACUUGGUACCACCGCUUAUGAAUAUUAUACGUGCUUUAAAAAGUGUCAUCAAACCAAAAUUAUUCGAAAGACUGCAUGUUCACUCAGAACUGGAUGAUCUGAAAAAAUUCAUUCGUCCCGAUUUACUUCCCGUGGAUUUUGGUGGCGAAGGAUUAUCUUUACAAGAAUUAGAAGAUGCACUAGAAGAAAAGUACAGAAAGAACCAAGACCUGUUCGACCGCUUAGACAAGAUUAAAAUAGAUGAAACGCUCAGACCCACAAAACUCGAAAAUAGUGACGUUCUAGGGUACUAUGGUAGCUUUAAAAAGAUAGAAAUUGACUAGUACACGUCACUUUUUAACAUAGUUAAAUUACACUUGUAGAUAUUUUGUAAGCAAAUGUUAUUUUAAAUAUGUAUCUAACGUUAAUGGCCACACAACCGGGACCAGCAUCUGCAUUGAACACUCUACCCCUCAACUACUUCUAAAAAAAUUCACACCACUCAAGUUUUUAAAUUUCCCAAAUUUGUGAGUAAUUUUUCUCGAACAUUGACCUUCUCGUAUGCAAUAAAAAUAUUUUUAGUCAUAAAACUUGCACAAUUUUUCACACGUCAUUAACCUUAAACUUGGAAAACUCGGGGAAAGAAUGAAACAAAUUGGAACAAGAUUCGUUUUAUCUUUUCGAGGAAACACUUUCUGAUAACGAUUUGACAAACAAUUGAAGAUUACAAUAACGUCUUUGUCCAAUUUAAAUGAUCAC